AACACACAGCGCACUCUGUACUAAAACACAGCUUUGGGAAUCAAAGAAGAAGAAGAAGAAGAACGAGCCGCCGAGAAUGGCCGGGAAACCUGGAACGACUCCGACGACUUACUCACCGUCUCCGACCACAAAGAAAACCCGAAGACCCAUUUUCAAUGAAAACGACGUCGAUUGGGUCCGACCCGAUGGCCGUGGCUUCCACCAGUGCCGACCCGCAUUUUUUAGGACUGGUGCUGUGAAUGCUGCUUCAGGAUCUGCUUAUGCAGAGUUUGGAAAUACCAAGGUUAUUGUAUCUGUAUUUGGGCCAAGAGAAAGUAAGAAGGCAAUGAUGUACAGUGAUAUUGGGCGGCUAAAUUGUAGUGUCAGCUAUACAACUUUUGCUACCCCAGUCCGAGGACAGGGAUCCGAGCACAAAGAUUUUUCCUCAAUGCUUCAUAAAUCUUUGGAGGGUGCAAUAAUCUUGGAAACUUUCCCCAAGACAACUGUAGAUGUUUUCGCAUUGGUGCUGGAAUCUGGUGGCAGUGAUCUUCCUGUCAUGAUAUCAUGUGCAAGUCUUGCCCUAGCAGAUGCUGGGAUUUUGAUGCACGACCUUGUAGCCUCAGUUUCUCUGUCUUGUCUUGGCAAGAACCUUGUCAUCGAUCCUAUUUUGGAAGAGGAAAGCUACCAAGAUGGAGGCUUGUUGAUUACAUGUAUGCCUUCUCGUUAUGAGGUCACUCAGCUUACUGUCACAGGGGAAUGGUCAACCCCAAAAAUUAAUGAGGGGAUGCAGCUAUGCUUAGACGCUUGCUCAAAACUUGCAAAGAUCAUGAGGUCAUGUUUGAAAGAAGCCACUUCCACUUCACAAGAAUAGGGAAAUUUUUUCUCCAAAUUUUUAUAUACAGGUUGCAGAUUUAGCUUCUUUUUUUCCCCUUGCUUCCCCCCCCCCCCCCACAAAAAAAAAAAAAGUGAAAAGAAAAUAUACUUUAUAGAUUGAUUACUGGUUUAGUUUGGCCUAUUUUUGGUGGUUGCACUUUACUUAAACCUGAUUUCUUUGAAUCUGCAGCAUAUUUAUUCUAUUUAAAUUUUCAGUUCACAAUGCAGUGUGCAUUUGAACUUUUAAGGGGAA